AUGUUCGGUCUGUUCAUACUAUGGAGACCCCGUACCGAUGUGAAGGGUGCAAGGCAAGCUUCGUCCGUAGCGAUGGCAGAGGGAGGCACUGGAAGAUUGAGCCUGAAUGCCAUGAAGCUCAUCUCCUGGCGCAGAACACGAGCCCGGAUUGUUAGCAUCGAGUGGCCUUGUUAUGCUUGUACAGAAAUCAGAGGUUUGACAGCAUGGACCAGCAUGGGUCUCUCACAGGCCAAGGCAAGGCAUAUAAAAGCACAAAUCGUGAGGCUCGGUUGGGCUGUCAACGUUCAGCGACCCAAACGCGUUCUUUACAAGGAGUCUACGAUUCUUGGAG